GACAUUUUACGCGUGUUUUGUGUGAAUGAGCGGCUGGAAAUGUCUGGACCAGGAAACCAGCCACCUGGUGGGGGGAAUCCCCCUUACAACCCUCAGGGACCCAUGAUGAUGCCACCGUUUGGGGGACCAGGAAUGCCCCCACCACCAUUCCCCAUGCCAGGUCAGGGGCCUCCCCCAACAGGUGGUCCGCCACCCCAGGGAGGGCCAGGAGGAGGACCCCCUAUGAACAUGCCCCCACCCAACUAUGGGCAGCCCCCUCCUGGAAUGCCUCCUAUGCCCCCUCCCAUGGGCAUGCCACCCCCCGGAUGGCCCACUGCUCCCAACAUGGGGAUGCCUCCAAUGAUGCCGCCAGGAUUCCCUCCAGGUAUGUUUCCACCUGUUGCGCCUCCCAGUGUACCACCAACAUCUACAAUUCAGCCUGCUAAAAGCACGUCUUCAGAUGCCUUGGCUUUAACUACUAAUGGGUCAGACGCAUCAACAAAGCAGCCCUCGUCAUCAGGAGACAACAAACCCGGCGAUGGCAAACUGGCUCAGAAGGAGACGGUUCAGGGAAGCGGUGAUGAAAAGAAAAAGAAGACUCAAUGGACAGAGCACAAAGCUCCAGACGGGAGGACAUACUUCUACAACAAUCUAACCAAGCAGUCCAAAUGGGAGAAACCUGAUGACCUCAAGACUAAAGCUGAGAUCCUGCUGACAGAAUGUCCCUGGAAGGAGUUCAAGUCCGACUCAGGGAAGGUGUACUUCCACAACAGUCAAACCAAGGAAUCGAAAUGGACCAUUCCUAAAGAUCUGGAGGAGAUAAAAAAUCGGAUAGCAGCAGAGGGCCUCGAGAAGUUACUCCCCGGUUCUCCAGAUGACUCCGGUAGCACACCAGUUGACAAACCUGAGGAACCAGCCACCAAGCAGGACGCCCGAGACACGCCCACCUCCCAGGCCGAGGCAACCCAGCAAGCUGCAGCCGUGCCCUCAGCCACCCCUGCAGCAGUGACGGGGGCUGCCUUAGACCCAGCAGCCAUCAUGGGGAUUCCCCUGCCGGGGGCUCCCAUGCCUGGUGUGCCGCCGGGUAUCCUACCGUUCAUGGCGGCGCUGGGAAUGCCCGUGGUGCCUGGUGCCGUGGUCACACCCAAGACGGAUGAGGACGCUGGAAGUGCAACAGAGUCUAGACCAGACACUCCAGAACUGAAAGAAGUGGUCUACAAUACCAAGGAAGAGGCAAAAGAUGCUUUUAAACUUCUUCUGAGAGAAAGAAGUGUUCCAUCAACUGCUAACUGGGAUCAAGCCAUGAGACUAAUAGUGAACGACCCUCGAUACAAAGCUCUGACUAAGCUGAGUGAGAAGAAACAAGUAUUCAACAAUUGGAAAGUCCAAAGAGGCAAGGAGGAAAAGGAGGAACACAGAUUGAAAGCCAAGAGGGCCAAAGAGGAACUUCAAGAGUAUCUCCAACACCAUCCCAAAAUGACUUCUACCACCAGAUACAGGAAGGCAGAUGCCAUGUUCGAGGAGGAGGAGAUCUGGCGGGUGGUGCCAGACCGGGAUCGGAAGGACCUCUACGACGACGUCGUCUUCUUCUUGAGCAAGAAAGAGAAGGAGGCGGCCAAGGUGUUGCGCAAGAGGAACAUCGAGGCGAUGAACAACAUCCUGGAUAGCAUGCCGAACGUGACCUUCCGCACGACCUGGUCGGAGUGCCAACGGUAUCUGGCUGAGAACCCCUCGUUUGCAGAGGAUGACGAGCUUAUGAGUAUGGACAAGGAGGAUGCUUUGAUCUGCUUUGAGGAGCACAUCCGUCAGAUGGAGAAGGAGGAGGAAGACGAGCUGGAGAGGGCUAAGAUGCUCAAGAAGAGGCACUUCAGGAAGUGCAGAGAAGCAUUUCUGGUACUGCUCGAUGAGUUGCACGACAGAGGGCAGCUCCAUUCCAUGUCUCUCUGGAUGGACCUGUACCCUAUCGUCAGUGCCGACCCUCGCUUCAACGGCAUGCUGGGUAAACCAGGGUCAACGCCCCUUGACCUCUUCAAGUUCUACGUGGAUGACCUCAAGGCCAGGUUCCAUGACGAGAAGAAAAUUGUCAAGGACAUUCUCAAGGAUAAAAGCUUGACGGUGGAGCUGAUUACAACCUUUGAUGAUUUUGCCAGUGCCAUCAGUCUUGACAAGAGGGCUUCCACCUUAGAUGCAGGCAAUAUCAAGAUGGCUUUUAAUAGUUUGAUAGAGAAAGCAGAAGCGAGAGAGAAGGAGAGACAGAAAGAAGAAGCCAGGAAACAGAGGAGAAAAGAGAGUGCCUUCAAGACCAUGCUCAAGCAAUCUGCCCCACCCCUAGAUGUCAAUUCAAACUGGGAUGACGUCAGAGAUCGCUUUGUCAACGACCAUGCAUUUGAUGGCAUCACGGUUGAAUCAGAAAGGAUCCGUCUCUUCAAAGAAUUUAUUACAUCUCUAGAGGUUGCCUGUGCCCAUCAUCAUGGGAAAUCAACAUCUCGCAAACAUUCCAAGAAGUCAAAGAAGCACCGCAGCAGACGAUCUCCAUCACGCUCUAAAUCGUCGGAUUCCGUUGAUGAUGAACAGGAAGAGAGGGAGAGAGAGCGAGAGCGGGAAAAGGAGCGUGAGAGAGAGAAGGAAAGGGAGAGGGAGAGAGAGAGGGAGAGAGAACGCGAGAGAGAACGUGAGAGAGAUAGAGAGAGGGAAAGAGAUAGGGAGAGAGAAAGAGACAGAGACAGUCACAAGCGCUCCAAGAAGAAGAAGCGUUCAAAGACACCUUCGGAGUCAUCAGGCCAUGAAUCAGAUCACAGUAAGAAUAAAUCGUCAAAGAGACACAAGAAGAAGACAAAGAAGAAGCGCAGGAGAACGCCUGUAUCCGAUUCUGGCUCUGAUGAAAAGGAGAGUGGUGAGAUAUCAGUUCCCCACAAGCCAAGCAAGUCCGGUACUCCAUCCAUGUCUGCAGGAACACCCAAGAAAGAAAAGACUGGCUGGGACACUUCCGAUAGUGAUCUAAGCGAUGGAGAGUUGGAAAGACGGAGAAGGGCACUACUAGAGCAGCUGGCUGAAAAUCAUUGAUGAUGCAAGCUCCAUGGAAUCCUAAAUUUAUUUCUGUCAAUGUUUUUAUGAUUGUAGGGAGGGGUUAAGUACUCCUGCUCAAGUCCCUUUCAGUUUCGAACAAGGUCUGAAUCAUGCUAAUACAGUCCAAUCUGCUUUAGCGACCACCUGUAUAGAAAGACCACCUGUCUAGAAAGACUACAUUUUUUUUCUUCCCUUGAAUAGGCUUUCUCAUUGAAACCUGUACUAAAGGAACCAGUACUUAAAGACCACCUG